UGCUUUGGUUGUGCGCGCCACGUAAAUACAUCCUCCUGUCCAUUUAUUUUUGCUGCGGAACUCUUUCCUCACAAGUACCAUCAUGGCAGACGACAGCGCUCCGAAGCUGUCCCUCGAAGAACUUGAGAAGCGUCGUCUGCAAAAGUUAUGUUGCAGACGAAUCGGCACAGUUUUUGGUGUGCUGCUUUUGUGUUUCGUAGUUGCGUUUGGUUUGCCUUUGGUGAUGGAACUUUACGUUCUGCCCAAUUGGAUUUCUGCUCAAGAACAGUGCGGUCUUGGGUUGGAGCUCAGGAUCAGCUGCCGCGCCAUCUUGAACUCUCAGCCAGUCACCGAAUCAUCAUGCCAUGCCGCUGGAUGCUGUUGGAUAUCUCAGAACGACACCGAACAUUGCUAUCACAAGUUUCCUUCCAGCGUCGGCUACUACAUCGCAAACUGUUCGAAUCCCGCAGACAUAAGGCUUAGCCUUCAAUUGGGCCCCGAGGUUAAUGACACCUUUCUUCGCGGCAUUAAAGGCAACAUCAGGGUUCUUACCAGGCCGUACUCUCGACGCCACGUCCACAUCUUCAUGUCUUCGGCUGAAGAACUGGCAGACGACAACGAAAACUUCUUUCGGUUCAAGACCUACCGUCGGUACAACCUCACGGACACUGAAUACGUCGUGACUUACAGUGACUCUGACGGAAGACCUGAAGUCGGCAAGCCUUUCUACCUCAAGGUGCGUCGACGCUCUCAGAGCAACAAGGCGAUUGUCAAUACCAGGUUGGGGACGCUAAUUUUCACGGAAGACUCGGUAGAAUUUACGACUGUAUUGCCUUCGUUUCACGUUUAUGGACUUGGCUUGACUUCGAGGAAGUCGUUGAGACUCGAGAUGCCGGCGACAUGGACACUUUUAAGCCACUCUGGAGGGUCUGGUGCAGGAUGGCCUGGUACGUACGCGUCCUACGUUUGCGUCGAGAGCGGUGGCCUGGCACAUGGAGUUCUCAUUCCCACGAAAAGCAUCGUUGAAGUUGAAACAACCGGGCAUCCAGCUGUGACGUUUCGGAUUCUGAGAGCCGUCCGUCUCGACCUCCACGUCUUUGUAGGUUCGAACCCGUUCGAAGUGAUCAGGGAGAUGAUAAACUUCAUCGGGCGUCCAGCUUUACCGCCGAUGUGGGCGUUAGGAUUUCAUGCCUGCAGAUAUGACGUGAACAAGUCGCAUAGCGUCGUACAAGGUAUGAGAGCUAAAAGAAUACCUCAAGAGUCGGACUGUAUCGGAACGUCACUUGGUGCAGAAAUGGGUCUGCCACCGUCACAGCAAACAGAAUCGUGGCAGAAGACAAGAUUAUUGCUGUCGCAGCAGUCACAGAAGUUACUUCUCUUCCUCACACCUCACGUGCCCGUCGUGGUGCCGGACAAGAAGGCUCCGUACACGCCGUACACCGACGGUCUCAAGGAGGACGUAUUUAUAAAAAAGGGCGAUGGUGAGGCCGUCAUUGGUACGCCGGAGGGUACGGAAAAUACCGGAGGUUAUGUCGUAGCGGACGUAUUCUCACCAAAUUAUGAACAGUGGCUAAAAAAGGACUUGAACCAACUUUCCUUUUCUCUGAAAGGGUUCCACGGGCUGGUCCUGGACCAGAACACUCCGUUAGACGUCAGCAUCCCAGAACCGUCGACAGCUUUCAAAGAUCCACCGCCUUACAGCACUAGAUGCGCAAACAACUCGGUCAAUUUCCCGUUAGCUUUUGCAACCAAGGAACUCCUCUUCAGGGACACCAUUUGUAUGGACAGCGUUCACCAAACCCAACAAGGACGAACUGUGUACCACGUCGACGUACACAACGCGUACGGUCUACGUCAGACGCAAGUUAUUCGCGACGUCAUACGGAAUAAAAAUCCCAGUUUACGAACCUUCAUAGCUAGCGUUUCGUCGACAACAACGACAGGAAGAUAUGCUGGACAUUUCGGCACCGACUAUGGUGCGUCGUGGGACAUGCUCGAGUACUCCCUGGUACAUAUGCAAGAAAUGUCCAUGUUCGGUGCUCCGCUGUACGGGUCAGCGGUAUGUGGAUCCUACGGUGCACCAACGUAUGACUUGUGCUCGCGAUGGUAUCAGCUAUCGGCUUGGACUCCUCUGAUGUUCUCUUACAGAAAUGCGGGACAGAUUGACGUAGACCCGUACUCGUCGCCAAAAGUAAGAGACGUUGCAAGACUAGCCAUACAGACUAGGUACACUCUUCUCGAGUACAUGUACACUCACCUGAAAAAGUUCAGCGACCCGAAUGGGCCUCUAUUCGUGCGUCCCAUGUUCCUGGAGUUUCCCGAGGACGAGACAGCGCUCGAAGUGACGCGACAGUUUCUGUUGGGUCCUGCUCUUAUGGUAGCGCCUGUUGUGAACGCGAAUACGAGCGAGUUGGACGUUUACUUUCCCAGGGGAGUGUUUUACGACUUUUUUAACAGACAUCGCGAGAGGACGCUCCAAGACAGUCCUGGCUGGACAAGGGUUAUAUCGUCCGAGUACCAGACAGCUGUGUAUGUAAGAGGAGGACACGUGGUACCCCUGCGAGUGCCUGGUCUAACAGUUGCAGAGACCCGUGCGAAGUCUAUGUCGCUCGUGGUUGCGUUGCGUAAGGCGGAAGUGGAGUUUGCUGAAGAGGUACUUGCAGAGGGUGAAAUCUACAUGGAUGAUGGCAUCUUGGAAAGCCCCUCCAAUGUUCUGAAUGUCACCCUGCAGCUUCUGGGCAGAAAGAAAGGCAUGCAUACGGAGGUGACGUACACUCUUAAUAUCCGCCCAGUGUCAAGCUUCAUUCUCAUGCCCGAAGUCAACGUCUCCGUAAAUAAGAUCGUUUUUCUGGGAAUGCGGGCUCGGCCCACACGCAUUGUCGCCAAUACUAUGAGCAGCACCUGCGACAUCCCAUCUGAGAACUGCAUCUACAAGGAAGACACGGACGUGUUGAUUCUGACCAAGCUUUGGAUGUCCUGCGGCAUUGAUUUAGCAAACUGGAGGGAGAUUGCGAUUGAGGCGACACAAGCAAGGUUGUAGUUAUUCGAAAAAUGUUGAAAGGGAGAUUUUGUAUACUGCCUGCAGACACAUACACAUAAGCUGCAUUGAGAGUUCUUUAUUUAUACCCAAUUUGUCAUAUAAAAAUAGACCUUGAACAGCAAAUCAACUUUUGCAUAAGCAUUCAUUAUUGUGUACGUUGUCUGUGCCUUUAAAAGAAAGAAGAAAAAGGACAACUGUAAUCAUUCAGGCAAUUCUUAACAAGUGAAAUAUAAUCUCAUUGCAUGGAAGACACAUUUGGCUGCAGAAAAGCAAGAGUUACAAAAGACAAGUUCUGAGUCCAGUCGGCUGCUGUCCAAAAAGGUCCCACAUGUUUGUUCUUAUUGGAUAUGAUCUUAUGAGGAGACUAGAUUUGCAGUAAUUUAAUAAUGCAGUACCCAAUUAGUACUGUAUCUAAACUUUACUACAAAAACUAACUCAGAAUUGACAAAAUUACAACAGUCACUGCCACCUAUGUCUCUUUCAACCUUUCUUCUUUUUUUUUUUUUUGGGGGGGGGGGUCAAGAAAAUGCUAGAACUGCAUACAAAACUAACACUACAAUUUAUUAACGAUAAAACCACAGAUCAUUUUCAACCAUCUUAUAUAGUCUUAAUAAAUAUAAAUGAGAUUGCAUGAGUGAAAAAUGGUUAUCUUCGACGUGAUGAAUGAUGAAUUUUGUGAUGUCUGCUUAAAAGCGAUGAUAACGGCACCCAUAAACUGUACAAAAUUUUAUGCCCAUAAAAUGAUUGCAUAUUGGCACCAUUACAGGUGAUAACGUUCCACAUUACGAAACCCAAAAUUUCUUGUGAUUGUUACAUUAUAGGCUCUCUGUAAUCCCUGACAGGGAUAGAGUUGGUAACAGUGUUCUAGUACUUUUGCUCUCCUUGGAUACCUUCUUGAUGUUGUGAGUCAAGUUCAACUUAGCGGGGACCCAGUCCAUUCUUGUGCUGUGGACCUCUUUUAUGAUGUAUUACAACACAGAUGUCCUGUGACCAGCCAGAGCUUCGCUGCUGCACAAUAAGGGCAUAAUUCUAGCAUGGAAAAGUUUUGUGACAGUAAUAUGUCCCUUAACAAUAACACUGGCCGUGGCAAUGCUUCUUGUGUCAUGAGACAUGAACAUCGGCUGAACAUCGGCUGAGACGUGAACAUGAGCUGAGCAUGGGAAAAGCCCAAGGGAUACAAAUUGGCCUUGUUGGGUCAGCUUCACAAUGAUCACUUAUUUUCCCUCGCAAGGGCCUCCGUAAUGUGUCUGUUUAGCUCGAGAAUAAUCCUGUCCCCACUCUUGUAAACUCCUGUCUUGAGCAAAGUGUCGCGUUCUCCAAUGAGACGCCUGAUGUGUUGAUUCCACGCUCCACCCGUCCACUUGGCGGUGCGAUCAUCCACACCCAAAUCUGAUGGUGAACUUCUCUGCUCUGUUGUUGUGCUACCACUUUUUGUCGUCUGGACUUGUGGUGGUAUCUUGUCUUGCGCUGCACUGAGAAGCCAUAUUUUGAAAGCUUCAUUAUUAGUUGUGCAACGCUUCAAAGAAAUAAAUACUGUACUACUUGC